AUGUUCCGACAGAUACUCGUGUGCGAAGAAGACCGAGAUUUACAACUGAUUCUGUGGAGAUCAGAUCCAUCGCAACCAGUUCAGAUCUUUAGGAUGAACACGGUGACAUAUGGCACCGCAUGUGCACCUUAUUUAGCCCUCAGCUGUUUGGAGAGAUUAGCGAUAGAAGAACUGGAAAGGUUUCUAAAGGCAACCUUGACGGUCGAAGAGAUGAAGAUGUUUCUCAAAAUAAGGUUGAAGAUCGAAGAGCUGAAGAAGUUCCUAAAAGAAGCAUUGGACAAUGAGAAAUCGGAGUUUCUACAAGCAAUCCUGGUCUUGCUAGAAGAUUUCUACAUGGACGAUGUUUUGUCUGGCGCAAGUACCAUAGAAGGGGCCAUAGCCUUGCGACAGCAGCUGUCGGAGUUAUUGCAACGGGGACAGUUUCAGCUGCGGAAGUGGCGUUCCAAUGAUCCACGUAUAUUGGAGGAACUACCCGAGUCCAACGACGAUAACAGCUUCCUCAAAAUAGACAAGGAGGGUGCCAUGAAAACGUUGGGACUUCUAUGGGAUGCCCAGUCAGAUGUUCUGCAAUACAGCGUGUCGAUAGAAGAAAAUUCAAGGGUUACCAAGCGUCUGGUGCUAUCUCAGAUAGCUCAAAUAUAUGACCCCCUUGGCUUGCUGGGACCCGUUGUCAUCAUUGCGAAAUGUAUUAUGCAGUCUCUAUGGCAAAUCAAAACUGGUUGGGAUGAAGUUCUCCCAACGGAGUUAGAAGCUACAUGGAAGGAGUACUAUAGAUCGCUGCCGCAAACCAACGAGUUGAAGAUUCCGAGAAACAUCAAUCCGGGAAAUGUGAGCAAUCAGUUCGAUCUCGUAGGCUUUGGAGAUGCCUCAGAAAAGGCAUAUGGAGCCGUGCUGUAUGCUGUUUCACAAAGGUCGGGAGGUACCUUACAAGCGCAUUUGAUUUGUUCGAAAAGCAGAGUCGCACCUUUGAAAACUAUAUCACUACCAAGACUGGAACUUGAUGCGGCGCUGCUGUUGACUAAACUGACCGAACAGGCAAGAAAGGCUUAUGGUGACAGGAUUCGAAACGUGUCUUUAUUUAGCGAUUCGACGGUCGUUCUCAAUUGGAUAGCAGAGUCACCUAACAUUAGGAAGACGUAUGUGGCAAAUAGAAUCACCAAGAUUCAACUUCUUUCACAAGGUGUGACAUGGCGUCAUGUUCCGUCCAAGGAUAAUCCGGCAGAUCUUCUUUCCAGAGGCAUGUCAGUGGAAAUGUGGAGGACCAGUCAGUUAUGGUGGCAAGGGCCUGAGUGGCUCGUCACCGAUCGAUGGCCUGAACAACCAGAAAUCUUAGGCGAUACGUCCGAGAUGAAGAUCACUGCACUAAUCGCCACCAAAAACGAGGAGUACGACAUUCUACGAAGAUUUUCAGACUAUGGGAAGCUUCAACGCAUAGUCGCUUAUUGUCUGCGUUUUAAGGCAAAUUUACUUGGCGCAAAGAAGAGUGGCCCUUUAACGCCAGCCGAAAUAGAGCAAGCGGAAACUAUCAUAUUGAAGACUGUCCAGCGAGAAGUUUUCCUGAAGGAGGUGCGGGCUCUCGAACAGCAGCAAUCGAUUCCCAAGGGUAGUAAGUUGUCGUCCCUCAGUCCUAUCUUGGAUCAGGAGGGAGUCAUAAGGGUAGGUGGUCGGUUAUCACAGGCCGACAUUCCCGAAACUCAGAAGCAUCCAAUAUUGUUGCCAGCCAAGCACCACGUUACAACUAUCCUCAUGAGGAAGGAGCAUCUCAGGCUUCACCAUUGCGGCCCGGAGCAGUUGCUCUACUCAACACGUGUAAAGUAUUGGCCUUUAAGUGGACGACGAGAAGCAAACAAGAUUACGAAGAGUUGCAUAAAAUGCUUUCGAGCUAAACCAAGGACACCUGAGGUCUUCAUGGGAGAUCUUCCUGAGGAUCGAGUCCGUCAUAACAUGAGACCAUUCACCACAGCGGGCGUAGACUACGCCGGGCCAUUGCAGGUCCGAGAGAGUCGCAGGCGGGGAAGGGUUCACAUCUCGAAGGCCUGGAUCGCCGUGUUUACCUGUUUUGCCACUAAAGCCGUACACAUAGAGCUAGUGACGGAAUUAACUACCGAGUCAUUUCUAGCUGCAUUAAGAAGGUUUGUGGCGAGAAGAGGAAUUUGCUCGAAGAUCGUGUCCGACAACGGCACUAAUUUUGUCGGAGCUGCGAGAGAGCUAGCAGAAGUAUACGAGUUUCUUCGGAAGGAGAAAGAAACCAUAGCCACAUACUUGGCUCGUCAGAAAAUCGAAUGGAGGUUUAUUCCUCCUCGAUCUCCACAUUUUGGAGGUCUUUGGGAGGCCGCUGUCAAGGCUACCAAGCGUCAUCUCCACACUGUCACGAAGGGUCUGGUUUGGACGUUUGAGGAAUACGCAACGCUGCUCGUGGAGAUAGAAGCAAUCCUGAAUUCAAGGCCUCUCACUCCCUUUUCCAGUGAUCCUAACGAUUUAUUGGCAUUAACCCCAUCUCAUUUCCUUACAGGGGAUUCAUUGUUGUUUCCACCAGAGUAUAGUUAUAUGAAAGUCCCGGAUAACAAGCUGUCACGAUGGCAGCAUGCUCAGAAAUUACGCCAGCAUUUCUGGAAGCGUUGGCAGGAGGAAUACCUCCAAGAGCUGCAAAAGCGUCAUAAGUGGCGUAAUAAGGGCAAGGAUCUCGAGGUCGGUACUCUAGUCAUUCUGAAGGAGGACAAUACACCCCCUCUACAGUGGGUCCUAGGCCGAGUGGAGGAAGUUCAUCCUGGCAAGGACAACGUGAUUAGAGUGGCAACAGUCAAAACGCCCACUGGAUUGUUUAAAAGAGCCGUCCAAAAACUUUGUCCACUUCCCGCAGAAGAAGACUGUUAA